AUGGAAAUCACUGCUGCAGAGCGGCGGAGAAGGCGCCGGCGCGUUGCAGAUGAAAAUCGCAGGAGAGCACCACGGGCCGAAACUCUGUCGGUUCCAGGGGAGCAGGCUCGAAUACCUUUACCGGAUCAACAGCAAUCGCCGACGCCGCCGAAUCAGGCCGAAAAUGCCUCGUCUGGUAAUGUAGCCGCUGAGAGUCAUGAAGUGCUUUCGCCAGCGUCUGUUAUUUCCCAUAGACUUUCCAAGCAUGUCAUUGCGGACCAGUCGAAACGGAUAUUCUGGCCAAGCAUUUUAUCUCGUCUCCGAGAAGCAUUUUCUCUGGACCCUCAGCCAGCUCCGGAGGAACGCGAUAUGGUUGCGAUGCAAGCACGCAUGAUCCGUCAAAAGGGACUACAUCCUUCCGAGCUAUCAAAACUUCAAGUAGCUAUCGACGCUUUUCCACCUCGUGCUGUUGCGGACUUUCUGCUUGCGGUAUUCAUGAAGCACGCGACCGAUGUUUUUUUCUACUUUGACCAGUCUCAGAUGCUCGCCGACAUGAAUGAGCUCUACACAGACCAAUACUCGCCAUUGAGAUUUGAUCCAGCAUUUAUAUGUCUUGCGAUGGCUACAUUCGCGCUUGGGAGCCAAUGGACGCCCCUAGAGAGACCUGAAAGGCUCGAGAGCAGUCAGCAGAAAGAAUACCUUGAUGUCGGCAGUGUCUUCUUUUCCCAUGCAAAAGCUCUCAUACCUGAAAUAAUCGAACGCUCAUGCCUGAGAUCGGUCCAGGCUCCUUUUGUACUGGGCGUUUACCUCAUGCCUGCUUGUGCAGUUGGAACAUCUUACGUUUACUUGGGACUGGCAGUACGAAAAGCCUUGGUGGCUGACCUACACCUUGAAGUGGAUGAUCAUUCCAUGAGCCAACGAGACAAGGAGAUACGACGUCGUCUCUGGUGGUCUAUCUACUCUCUCGAACGUUGUACUACGACCAAGUUGAAUCGAGCGUGCUCUGUUGAUGCAAAAAUAAUCACAGCGGCCCUCCCCUCUCAAUGUGCAUCUCUUGAUCGGUCUCAGGUUUUCGACAAUCUUCAAUGCCAGAUAGCCUACGCGCGGCUUAUCAAAAUACUUGACAAAAUCGCUGGCUCUGGCGAUGGAUCUUCAGAACUGGGGUGGCUUCCUCAGUCAAAAUGGGAAGCAGGUCUUAAAGAAUGGAAAAGGUCCCUUCCCGCAGACUUCAGACUUGACCAUUUCAGACCCAGCGAUCUCUGUUAUCGUGCUGUCGCCCACCUCUAUUUGAAUUACUACUAUGCAUGGAUCACAAUAGGCAAGGUGUCCCUCGUCACUGUCGCCAAGAACAAGCUGGGGCAGGCUGAGUUUGAAACAUCAGAAGCCAGUGAUAAGGCCAAGAAGAUGGCAAGCUCUUGCACCAAGGCUGCGAGGAAAGUCCUUCGUUUAUUCGAAAGCUUGAUGAAAAAUCGGAAAAUUACCAGGUUUUCAUUCACCGACUUUCAGGGCUGCAGCAUCGCCACAAUUAUUACAUUAGUUUCUGGUAUCUUGGAGCGUGACUCUGGCUACGAUGCUCGAGUCGAAUUUGGGUUGAAAUGUCUUCAAAGGAUGGCUAUAGGGAACAUGGCCGCUCAGCUAGGAGUUCGAUUCGUCGAGGCCGUUCAAACCAUCACAAACGAAGCGGUGGCAAAACUAGAACGCGUCAGGGCUAUCUCAGAGGAUACUUCCAACAUGAAUAUUUCUUCUGGCUAUGAUGAGUGGACCGAAUGGCUUACGAUGCAAGAAGACCCCCAACGACGGGAGCAGGCCAGUCGUUCAGGUCUUGAAACAUCCUCCGGUGGAGAUCACAGGGCUGAGAAGGCAGAUCCCUGGAGGAUUCUGCCAGUCAUUUCUCCCAGGGGCGCAUUUACAUUUUCCGCAUCUAGAGGAGAAGAGAUUGUGGGGGUAUCUACAGCUUCACGAGAUUCGAGUCACCUGGACAGCACUAUGGAGCCUUGGGAGCCGUUUGAGUACGACUUUCUCUCGGACUUCCGCAAUGACGAACAGGCGUUUCUGAUGGGGCUGACUGGGUUGGAUGCCCUCGAUUUCUCUGGCCUUACGGUUUAA